AAAAAAAAAAAAUCGAAUUAUAACUAAAUAUAUACCUAUUUCAUUGUAUUUAUAUGAAUAAUAAUGUCGUCUAUGAUUCCACCGCCUCUUGGAUUAGGACGUCCAAGUCAAAAGAACAAGAAAUAUAAACUAAUUAUGGUACAGAAUCCAGUCCGAGCUAGAUGUUGUGGAUUUGGUGAAAAAGAUAGAAGGCCAAUUGAUCCACCACCUAUUUUGCAAUUGUUUAUCGAAAAUCCUGAUGGAAGUUUACAGAAUGUGACUAGUGAUGAUGAUUAUAGUAGUAAAUUAUCAUUAUUUAUUGUUCAAUGUGAUCUUUAUUCAGAAGACGGUAAAGAACAACGUAUACAUGUAUAUAAUCCUUCAUUAUUAGCAGCAUCCAAUUAUGAAUCAUCGUCAACAGCAGAAAAAAGAAUGUCAUCUACAACAGGAAUGUUAGUUUCCUUUCAAGAUCCAAUCCCUACUCGAUCUCUUUUAGGAGCAAUUACAUCAAAUGCGUAUCCAUUAUUUGAUUUAAAUAAGGAACCUGGUAUCUUUUUCAUCUUUCAGGACCUUUCUGUCCGUAUAGAAGGUCGAUUUUGUUUAAAGUUUAUGUUUAUUAAUCUAUCUGCUGGAGAUCCAUUAACAAUGAGCACACAAGUAUCCGAUUAUGUCUUUUCAGAACCAUUUACUGUUUAUUCUGCAAAGAAUUUCCCGGGAAUGACAGACUCUACAUUACUUUCACAAUGUUUUGCUCAACAAGGUAUUAAAAUAUCGAUAAGAAAAGGCCGAAGAGUUCAACGUUUGGUUAACAAGGAAGAUUUUAUUUCUGCCGAUCAAGACACUGUUAUUAAUAAAAAUGACACUAAAGAAGAUCAAGACAAGAACAAAGAAGCUACAAAUAACAAUGAUAAUUUCAACUGUAUGCAUAUUUCUACCUUUUUAUCAUCACCUUAAAAGAGAGAAGGAAGGGUUAAAAUUAUAAAUAACAUCUAUAUCUAUUUUAUUUUAUUUUAUUUUAUUUUUGUUUUGCU